AUGAAUUUCAUGAAUCCUCAAGUCACCAACUUGGUGAUCAUCCUUGGGAUGAUGCAAGUCUCGAAGCGCAUACCCUUUGAUGAUCCGCAAGUUCUUACCGGCGUCCGCAUUCUCUAUGCUGUGUCGAACCUGCUCAUCUUCGGGCUCUACUACUACAUCGGCAUGAAGAUCAAAGCAAAGAGAGAUUUGACCACGUUGAAAUAUGUCGAGCCUGCGCCGAUGGGCUCUGGCGAAGAACCCAAGCUCGUCACCACCACGAUCCAAGAGUACGACCAGAACCAACUCACGGCUGCCUACAAAGCACAGCUGAUGGGCGUUGGAAUGAUGGCUUUCAUGCAUAUCUAUCUCAAGUACACGAACCCGCUCUUGAUCCAGUCCAUCAUCCCCCUCAAGGGUGCUUUCGAGAGCAAUUUGGUCAAGGUCCACAUCUUUGGCAAGCCCGCGGUGGGAGAGCUCAAGCGACCGUGGAAGGCGUCAGGCGGCAUGAUGGGUAUGGGUCAAGGCGAGACAAAGAGCGACAAGGCUAGCAUUGAGGCUGCUGAGCGGGCUGGUCGUGGAGGAGCGAAGGAAGAAUAG